AACCCCAUGACUUUCCUAACAAGUCACGCCCUCUCUCCACAUCUGCCAUCUUCUCCUCCAGUCUAGGCUUGCACGCACCCCAGAGGAGAAGAACAGAAAACCCGCACAGAGGGAUUUGCGGAGGACACCCACGGGCGACGCUCAUACGACGUAGUAUUUGUUUGAAGAAGAAGAAGAGAUGGAUGCGUUUUGCUCGGACUGCAAGCGGCAUACGGAGGUGGUGUUCGACCACUCGGCGGGGGACACGGUGUGCUCGGAGUGCGGGCUGGUGCUGGAGUCACACUCCAUCGACGAGACCUCCGAGUGGCGAACCUUCGCCAACGAAUCCGGCGAUAACGACCCGGUCCGUGUGGGUGGGCCGACCAACCCCCUAUUGGCCGACGGUGGCCUCUCCACGGUCAUAGCCAAGCCCAACGGCGCCACGGGCGAGUUCCUCUCGUCCUCGCUCGGCCGCUGGCAGAACCGAGGCGCCAACCCUGAUCGGGGGCUCAUCAUGGCCUUCAAGACCAUCGCUACUAUGUCUGAUAGGUUGGGCCUGGUAGCAACCAUUAAGGACCGGGCCAAUGAGAUAUAUAAGAGGGUGGAAGACCAAAAGUCGAGUAGAGGAAGAAAUCAGGAUGCACUAUUGGCUGCUUGCCUGUACAUUGCUUGUCGACAAGAAGACAAGCCACGCACCGUAAAGGAAAUUUGCUCUGUCGCCAAUGGAGCCACAAAGAAGGAAAUUGGCCGAGCAAAAGAAUACAUAGUGAAACAACUGGGGUUGGAGAAUGGUCAAUCGGUGGAGAUGGGAACAAUACAUGCUGGGGACUUUAUGAGGCGCUUUUGUUCCAAUCUUGGUAUGAAUAAUCAAGCCGUUAAAGCUGCCCAAGAAGCUGUUACAAAGUCAGAAGAGUUUGAUAUAAGGAGGAGCCCUAUAUCAAUUGCAGCAGCAGUAAUUUACAUUAUUACUCAGCUUUCAGAUGAUAAGAAACCUCUCAAAGAUAUUUCAGUAGCUACUGGAGUUGCAGAAGGGACGAUAAGGAAUUCCUAUAAGGAUCUUUAUACCCAUGUGUCAAAGAUAAUACCCAGCUGGUAUGCCAAGGAGGAGGAUCUCAAGAACCUUUGCAGCCCUUGAAAUGUAGAGCAAACAAUAACCGGAAUAUUAACAACUUCAACUUAGUUUUGGUUGUUCUUUCUUGGAUGUAUUUAAGUCUUCUAAAUACAACAAUGGAAAAAGUCAUCGGCUACCUCCUUUUUGACCUUGGAUUGGAGUAUAUGAUUCGUUUCCGUUUCCAUUUUA